UCGACUUGUGCACAGCAGCGUCGAGUCCGCUUAACGAACUUGACGAACACUUGCACGUUCGGCAAAGAAAGCGCAACACUUUUCUUCCUGCUUAUGUUUGAGAAGGGGUCAUCACCACCAUCGGCCACGGCGACAGCGAUGCCCUCUGAUCAAUACUCUGGUGUCGCCAUGGAGACCAACAACAACCUGGCUGCCAUGGCGGAGGUGAGCCCGCCGCCACCCGAAGGCCUGUCGGAGAAUGACAGCGGCGUAGACCUGACCAAUGAGAGCAGCCCGCUGGCAGAGGCCGAGCCACCGUCGCCCUUCAGCCCCAAACAGAACGGGGGCGCCGCAUCACCUCGAGAUGGUAACGAGUGUCUGGAAGGGAGGGCCAGGACCAGGAAGAGGUCCAAGAGCGAGGAUGGCGCGUGGGACCCGUAUACAAAAGACAAGUCUCGGCUGGCUUUGAGAGCAACGCCGCGCACCCGAACCAUCUUCCAGGCCGGUCUGAUGCCGCGCGCCAAACCUCGCAGACGUAAACAUGAGCUGGUCGCCACCAUGUGCGAGGGAGCUUCUCGGGCGGUCUCGUCCCGGGGGGUCGCCGAGGUGCCGCGUCCGGAGUUUCUGGAAAACGACUCCAAAGACUCGGCCCGAAGCAGCGGCACCGUCGCGUCCGGCUGCGACACCCACGCCGAAUACAAUGACAACAAGGGCUUCAGUGUGGGUGAGCUGGUGUGGGGAAAGAUCAAGGGCUUCUCCUGGUGGCCCGGCAUGGUGGUGACCUGGCGCGCCACUGGGAAACGGCAGGCCAGCCACGGCAUGAGGUGGCUGCAGUGGUUCGGGGACGGGAAGUUCUCCGAGGUUUCCGCCGACAAGAUGGAUUCCAUCACAGCCUUCGCCAAGUUCUUCAAUCAGGCGUCUUACACCAAACUGGCGUCCUACCGCAGGGCCGUCUUCCAAGCUCUGGAGAUGGCCAGCGUCCGGGCAGAGAAGAAGUUCCCCGUCUGCGAGUCGGACAACCCUGACGAGCUAGUCAAGCCCAUGCUGGAGUGGGCGCAAGGGGGCUUCCUGCCCAAAGGCCAAGAAGGACUCAAACCAACUCAAAUGUGUGGCGUCGACAGCGCCACACUUAACAUGCAGGUCCUGGAUGUGUCGCUGCCCGAGUAUCCGCCCAGCGCCAAGCAGCCCAGACUGAGCGUGUGCAAGAACAAGGUUGGGCCCGAGGAGUCGUACAGCAGAGAACAAAUGGUCAAUGAAGUCCUUGAGAAUAAAAGAAGUAUAGAAGAGUUCUGUCUCUCGUGUGGCAGGAUGAGGGCAGCAACCUUCCACCCGCUCUUUGAAGGAGGCCUGUGCCAAACGUGCAAGGACGUGUACCUGGAGACGUCCUACAUGUAUGAUGACGACGGAUACCAGUCCUACUGCACCGUCUGUUGCGGCGGCCGAGAGGUUCUGCUGUGUGGCAAUGCCAACUGCUGCAGAUGUUUCUGCGUGGACUGUCUGGACAUCCUGGUGGCCAGCGGGGCAUCGAACAACGCGCGCCACCUGGACCCCUGGCGCUGCUACAUGUGCCAGCCGCUGCUGACGUACGGCGUACUCAAGCGGCGUCACGAUUGGAGCGUCAAACUGCAGGAGUUCUUUGCCAACGACAACGGACAGGAGUUUGAGAGCCCAAAGAUUUAUCCUGCAGUUCCAGCAGAUCAGAGGCGAACAAUACGAGUCCUCUCACUGUUUGACGGCAUCGCCACUGGCUACCUGGUCCUGAGAGAUCUGGGCUUUAAGGUGGACCAUUACGUGGCGUCCGAGGUGUGCGAGGAUUCCAUCUCUGUCGGUGUGGUCCGACACGAAGGGAAGAUUCAAUAUGUCCACGACGUCCGGAACAUCACCAGAAAAAACAUUCAGGAAUGGGGUCCGUUUGAUCUGGUGAUAGGAGGAAGUCCAUGUAAUGACCUCUCUAUUGUCAACCCAGCCAGGAAAGGCCUCUUCGAAGGCACAGGGAGAUUGUUCUUCGAAUUUUACCGUCUGCUAAGCGAGGCCAAGCCGAAAGAAGGAGAGAACCGUCCAUUCUUCUGGAUGUUCGAGAACGUAGUCGCCAUGGGUGUGAACGACAAGAGGGACAUCUCGCGAUAUCUGGAGUGUAACCCCGUGAUGAUUGACGCCAUUGAGGUCUCUGCAGCCCACCGGGCUCGGUACUUUUGGGGGAACUUGCCGGGUAUGAACAGACCUCUGUGUGCUUCUGGGAUGGACAAGCUGGAGCUGCAGGACUGUCUAGAACACGGUCGAGUUGCAAAGUUCGGGAAGGUGCGCACCAUCACCACGCGCUCCAACUCCAUCAAACAGGGGAAGGACCAACACUUCCCAGUCUUGAUGAACGGAAAGGAGGACAUCUUAUGGUGCACUGAACUAGAGAGGAUCUUCGGCUUCCCAGUCCACUACACUGACGUGUCCAACAUGGGUCGAGGUGCUCGGCAGAAACUUCUGGGCCGGUCCUGGAGCGUCCCUGUUAUCAGGCAUCUUUUCGCACCCCUUAAAGACUUCUUUGCCUGCGAUUAGACGCCGUUCCUCACCUCGGCACACAGACCACACGUCACCAGCAUCACCGUCAUUAUCAAAUCAAGGGCAGAACCAGCAAACAGAUACCAACUCUCACAAGGAAAUACACAUAACCCGUUACCAGGCAAGAGACCCAAUUGACAUCACUUGUCACGAGCACAUACACAUCACUUUGUACCGGCAAAUAGAUGUCCCUGUCUCCAGGCAAUAGACACCACUCAAGACCAGCACUUAGACACCACCAUCACCGGCAAAUAGAGAUCACCUUUCGCCAGCAAACAGCUAAUACCAAUCACAGCACAUAGACACCACCAGGAAAUAGACACGACACAUCAGUCGCUAAUAGAUAGUGGUGUGCAUAUAUAUAGUGGACGUUACUAGACAAUGUGUGGACGAUAGUGGACGUUACUAGACAAUGCAUUGUGGUCACCCAUCACCAUGAUUAAGACAACUUGUGACUAGGAAUUAGACACCACCCUCACCAGCAGGUAAGGAAAACCUGUUGAUAAUAAAAAAUAAAAGCAAAUAAACAUUACCAAGAAAUAGACACUAUUAAUUACCAGCAAAUAGGCCAUACCUGUCACCAGCAAACAAAUACUACCAGUAACGGCACAUUGAUACCAAUCGACACCACGCAGCAAACAGUGCUUAUCACCAGCAUGUAGUCACCACCCAUUACCAGCAAAUUGACCCCACGUUACUAGACAAUAAAUGCUACUCAUCACCAGCAAAUAGAAAGCACGUGCCUCUCACCAGGAAUUACAUUUGUCACCAGCAAACACACAAAGUCAUCAACAAAUACCAUGUCACCAAGAAAUCGAGGACACACCUGUCAAACAGGCACCACCUAUCACAGCAGAUCGACGUUAAUCACCAGCAAAUAGACACUGAUCAUUACCCAAAAGUAGACACAACUUUAAACAUGCAAAUAGUAUUUCGAUGUCCUUUUUAGCCUGGAGGGACUAGU